GUGGGGGCAAGCCAUGCCCCUCACACAUUGUAACCUGCUGGUGGGGCCUCCUGGUGGGAGGCAGAGGGGAGGAAAUCCAUACACAUGGGGAUCCCAAGGACAAUGAGGGCUCUGGGGUGACCCCCGGAGAUUUGGGGUGCUCUGUAAGUAUCCAGGUCCCCGGGGCAGAGGGGGUCUGGGGUGACCCACGGAUAUUCGGGGUGCUCUGUAUGUAUGCAGGUCCCCAUGGGCAGAGGGGGUCUGGGGUGACCCCUAGAGAUUCAGGGUGCUCUGUGUGUAUCCAGGUCCCCGGGGCAGAGGGGGUCUGGAGUGACCCCUGGAGAUUCAGGGUGCUCUGUAUGUAUGCAGGUCCCCAUGGGCAGAGUGGGUCUGGGGUGACCCCUGGAGAUCUGGGGAGCUCCGUAUGUAUCCAGGUCCCCAGGGCGGACGGGGUCUGGGGCAACCCCUGGAUAUUUGGGGUGCUCUGUAUGUAUGCAGGUCCCCAUGGGCAGAGGGGGUCUGGGGUGACCCCUGGAGAUUCGGGGUGUUCUGUAUGUAUGCAGAUCCCCAUGGGCAGAGGGGGUCUUGGGUUACCCCUGGAUAUUUGGGGUGCUCUGUGUAUAUGCAGGUCCCCAGGGGCAGAGGGGGUCUGAGGUGACCCCUGGAGAUUUGGGGUGCUCUGUAUGUAUUCAGGUCUCCAGGGUGGAGAGGGUCCGGGGUGACCCCUGGAGAUUCGGGGUGCUCUGAUUGUAACAAGCUCCCAGGGACAGAGGGGGUUUGGGGUGACCCCGAGGGAUGUGGGGUGCUCCGUACACCAGGGAGUCCUCGCAGCAGCCCCUGCACCCCUGCUCCCCGUGAACUCAUGCCGUCUGUGUUGUGUUUUCUUUCUGUGCCCGGCUCCUGGUCUGUGUGUGUGUCGCUGCCAUCUUCAUUCUCACCCUCAUCACCUCCAUCCUCUUCCUCCUCGCCGUCGCGGCACCAGAAACCCGCCGGGCCGGGCCGCAAGGCGCCCGCCAAGCCGGCGCCCAAGCAGCAGAAACAGCAGCAGCUGAUGAGCACGGCCCCAGCCUAUGGCAAAGCCCCCGGCGGCGGGAAAUCCCCUGGCAACGCCAAGACCCCUGGCAACGGCAAAUCCCCCGGCAACGCCAAGUCCCCCGGCAACGCAAAGUCCCCUGGCAACGGCAAAUCCCCUGGCAACGCCAAGAUGGCAGCUGGGGGGAAACACCUGGCUGUGAAAAAUGCCCUGGGCAAGGCCCAGACGGGGGGCAAGGCCUACGCUGGCGCCGGCGCACCCAGGAAACACGGCAACGGGUACCAGCAGGUAGAGCAAGAGCGAGGCAUCCAGAUCGGUGCUGGGCACCCCCCUGAGGGGGCAGCACGAUCUGAGAUCUAUGGGGGGAGCAUGCUCCCCCCCACCCCAUCCCCUCCCCCCCAAUCUAUGCGUCUCGCUCGUGUCUGUUUGUCUGUCUGUGAUGGGGCCAUUCGGGAAACGCCUUGGCAACAUAAAUAAACCAGCAGAUGGAGAAUGUGGGGAAGGCCCCAAAUCCCAUUCCCUGCCCCCCUGAGCCAGCCAGUCCCUGCCCUGGGGCCAGAUUGGAGCCGGUGC